AAUCACAAACUCGAACUCGAACUCGCACGCGGAUACUUGCUGCCGAAGAAGACAAAAUAAGCAGGAAAAAAAACCCUAUUUAAUUAAAUAAUAAUAAUUGAUUGUUUAAUUAUUUAUUUAUUUAUUUGUGUUGUUUGGGGGGAUGCCGAGCCGCCCAGAAUUGGCUUCACGACCGCCGAGCUGGAACUCGCCACUCGCCGAGUCUCACCCCGACGCCAUGGAUACCACCCGCGCCUUCGUCAAGGACGUCAAGCGCAUCGUCGUCAAGGUUGGGACUGCAGUCGUGACGAGAAGUGAUGGGAGGCUAGCACUCGGAAAACUCGGAUCGCUCUGCGAGCAGGUCAAGGAAUUGAACUCCCAGGGCUAUGAGGUUAUUUUGGUCUCGUCGGGUGCAGUUGGCUCUGGUCGCCAAAGGCUUAGAUAUCGUAAACUAGUGAACAGCAGCUUUGCUGAUCUCCAGAAACCACAAGUUGAACUAGAUGGGAAGGCUUGUGCUGCUGUUGGACAGAAUAGUCUCAUGGCUCUUUAUGAUACUUUGUUUAGCCAGUUGGAUGUCACAUCAGCUCAGCUUCUCGUGACUGACAAUGACUUCAGGGAUAAGGAUUUCAGAAAACAACUUAAUGAAACUGUCAAAUCAUUGUUGUCGCUUAGGGUCAUUCCUAUAUUUAACGAAAAUGAUGCAGUCAGCACCAGAAAAGCUCCAUAUGAGGAUGCUUCUGGUAUAUUCUGGGAUAAUGAUAGCUUAGCAGCUCUGCUGGCUCUGGAGCUGAAAGCUGAUCUGCUUGUUCUACUAAGUGACGUUGACGGCCUCUAUAGUGGCCCCCCAAGUGAUCCUCAGUCUAAACUUAUUCAUACAUAUGUCAAAGAAAGGCACCAUGGUGGAAUCACUUUCGGAGACAAAUCUCGAGUAGGAAGAGGAGGGAUGACUGCUAAAGUUAGUGCUGCAGUUAAUGCAGCAAAUGCUGGCAUCCCUGUGAUCAUAACCAGUGGCUAUUCGGCUGAAAGUAUAAUUAAAGUUCUUCAAGGACAGCGGAUCGGUACCCUCUUUCAUAAGGAAGCACAUCUUUGGAUGCCACUUAAGGAAGUUGGUGCACGGGAGAUGGCUCUUGCAGCGAGAGAAAGUGCUCGGCGACUGCAGGCCCUGUCUUCAGAAGAGAGGAGAAAGAUUCUGCUCAACAUAGCUGAUGCUCUAGAAGCAAAUGAAAAGCCGAUCAAGAACGAAAACGAUGCAGAUGUUGCUGAUGCAGAAGAAGCGGGAUAUGAGAAGCCUCUGAUUGCUCGGUUGGCUCUGAAGCCGGGAAAGAUAUCGAGCCUUGCGAAUUCAAUUCGUACACUUGCAAAUAUGGAAGAUCCAAUUGGGAAUGUUCUGAAAAGAACCGAGAUAGCGGAUGGGCUCGUCGUGGAGAAAACAUCCUCUCCUCUUGGUGUCCUUUUGAUUGUUUUUGAAUCUCGACCGGAUGCUCUAGUACAGAUUGCCUCAUUAGCAAUUCGGAGUGGGAACGGCUUACUCCUGAAAGGUGGUAAAGAGGCCAAGCGUUCGAAUGCAAUCCUGCACAAGGUCAUCACUGAUGCUGUUCCGGACAAUGUUGGUGGAAAACUAAUUGGACUGGUGACAUCAAGGGAAGAGAUACCCGACUUGCUCAAGCUGGAUGAUGUUAUUGAUCUUGUAAUCCCAAGAGGUAGUAAUAAGCUGGUUUCUCAAAUCAAGGAAUCAACUAAAAUACCUGUUUUGGGUCAUUCUGAUGGAAUCUGCCAUGUUUAUGUGGAUAAAUCGGCAAACAUGGAAAUGGCAAGGCGACUUGUCCUUGAUGCAAAAGUAGAUUAUCCUGCAGCCUGUAAUGCAAUGGAAACACUUCUUGUUCAUAAGGAUUUGGUGGAAACUGGUGGACUAGAUGAGUUUGUCAAAGAUCUUCAAAUAAAAGGCGUUACUCUCUAUGCUGGACCAAGAGUAAAUACUUUGUUGAAUAUCCCACAGGCUACCUCAUUUCAUCACGAAUACAAUUCGAUGGCUUGCACUGUUGAGAUUGUAGAUGACGUUCAUGCAGCCAUCGAUCAUAUUCAUAAAUAUGGAAGUGCUCACACUGACUGCAUCGUAGCAGAAGACAAGGAAGCAGUGGAAGUAUUUCAAUGUCAGGUUGACAGUGCUGCUGUUUUUCACAAUGCAAGCACAAGAUUUUGCGAUGGAGCUCGAUUCGGACUAGGAGCAGAGGUUGGAAUAAGUACGAGUAGAAUUCAUGCCCGAGGUCCUGUUGGUGUUGAAGGACUGUUGACAACAAGAUGGAUACUCAAAGGAAGUGGGCAGGUGGUAGACGGGGACAAAGGGGUUGUUUACACCCACAAGGGCCUUCCUUUGGAAUCUUAAAACCCGAUACGACGAAUAACAGUGAGGAAAUUCUCGUGUUUCUCCUUUUCCUUUUCCUGUUAUAUUAGGUACUAUUUCUUAAUUUCGUAAGUCGAGAGAUUUUUGUGUAAUGAGUCUUUGCUUAAGAGGAAUAGGGGUUCGAGAACCAGUUAGCGUCCCUUCGUGUUUAAUUUUAUCCGAGGAAAGUUUACUUGUUCUAUUACUAUCAGGCAUUCCUUCUGCUGA